AUGGUCAUGCACAGACUCGGACUGCGGCUGAGCGGAUCGAUACUCUGUAUUCCGGCCUCCUACCGUCGACGAACGCUUCAGCUCUUGACACGGCUGCAAACAGCUUCCGCCGCGGCAUUGUCAGCGUUCGCAGUAGUACAUCUGUCCGCACCGCUGGUUGGGCUGCUGAAUAUCAAUGUAGACGUGAUUGACAGAGUUGAUGCGGUGUCAAGGUGGAUGCUACUCGGUCGUGUGGCGUAUCAGAGCGGUGCGGGCGAGAUUGUGUUAAGGACCUCGAUCGCGACACAUCUAGCUUCAGGGUUGGUCAAAAGGCUCAUCACGCGCUUCACCACCUCGUGCUCCACUUCAAACACCAAGAAUCAAAGAGGCCAGGAGAAGAUCGAAGCGUUACCACCGGUGACACCUGUGAAGGCAAGGAUGACGCUGGCUCAACUGUCAGGUUGGUUGCUGGCGCCGGUUGCAUUGCACCACGCUUUCGUCAAUCGGAUCAUCCCAUCCUCUGAGCGAGCACCCAUCUUGGCUCUCUCUCCGAGCGAAUUGGACUACUCGUUCGUAUCACACACCCUGUCGCAUCCAAGUAUGCAGGUGAGAACGUUCAUGGGGACAGCGUACAUCGUGCUCAUCGGGGCAUUUGCCGUUCACGCCGUGUUUGCUCUUCCUGCACUGCUUCGAUCAUUGCCCUGGAACGGUUCGUCAGGUACACGCAACACAUCGGUGACGCAUAGAGCGAGCAAGCGCUAUUCGAAAGCUACGGCGUCUUGGUCGUUAGCCACUGUUUUACUCGCCAGCUUGAUCUCCAUCAUUCCAUUAGGUCAAACGGACAAGAUCCCGAUUUCGAGCUCACUCAAGAAUCGAUACGACGCCGUGCUCGCUUUUGCUUGGCCCACCCAUCUCUUCAUCUCAGCACGGUGA